AGGAGGAGAGGAAAGGACAAAUAGAUGGAAUUGUUGACGGCACGCUUGCACAUUGCACCGUGCUCCCACAACCAUGACAGUGCAGAUUGAGAUGACCAAAGCUGAAGACAGAAGCACUGAAGUGUGUAACUGGGUUCUAGGAAACAGCUGUGAGCUUUGUCUCUCCUCAGAUUCCUCACUGUCCUGUGCUUUAGUAGCUGUGGUUUCCUAGUGCUGGCUCCUUGAUCUCGGAGGAGGCAGAAAAUGAGCUACAACCUCUUUCUGCUGCCUUUUGUCCUGGGCAUUGGUGGAGGUUUCCAGUAUGGGUUGCAGGUCUCCAUUAUCAAUUCUCCUGCUGAGUACAUCAAGAGUUUCAUCCGUGAGACCUGGCUGAAGAGAUACGGCUCCUCUCCCAGUGAAGACAUGAUCACUCUGAUGUGGUCCUUCAUUGUGUCCAUUUACAGCAUUGGGGGGCUCCUGGGCUCCUCCUCUACUGGAUACUUGGCUGUUAGAUUUGGAAGGAAAAAGUCCAUGCUCCUUGCCAACAUCCCUGCUCUGCUGAGUGCAGCUCUGAUGGCACUCAGCCGGCUGUGCGGGUCUUUUGAGAUGAUCAUCGCUGGAAGGUUUUCUGCUGGACUGUGUGCAGGUUUAUCUCUGAAUAUCCAUCUCAUGUAUUCUGGGGAAUGUGCCCCACGGAAGCUCCGUGGGCUGAUUGCCAUAACAGCUUCUACUGCCGUUGCCUUUGGAAAAUUCGUAGGAUUUGCUCUGGGUCUCAGAGAAGUUCUUGGAGCAGAGGCUCUCUGGCCUGUUCUCUUGGCAGCCAAUGCAGUUCCUGCCCUCAUUCAGCUUCUCACCCUCCCCUUCUUCCCAGACUCUCCCCGCUACCUCCUCAUUGACAAAAAGGACAAGGAGGCAUGCAUUAAAGCUGUGGAGCAGCUCUGGGGGGAUGGAGACCACAUGGCCGAAAUAAAUGACAUGAUAUCAGAGGAAGAAGCCAUCCGUGGGGAGAAGGCCAAGGGUCUUUGUGACCUGCUCCGUGACAAAGCUGUGCGUUGGCAGCUCAUCACUCUGUUCCUCGUGGCCUCGUGCUCACAUUUCAACGGGGGCAUCGUGGUUUACUUUUAUGCAUACAAUAUCUUCAUAAAAGCUGGAAUCCCCCCUGAUCAAAUCCACUAUGUCUCGCUGGGGCUUGGGACCACUGAGAUCCUCUCCACAGCUGUGUGUGGUUUCCUCAUUGAACGUGCAGGGAGGAAGACGCUGCUGUGGAAAAACUACACAGUGAUGACCCUCGCUUUAGGGCUCCUCACAGUCACACUCUUCCUACAGGAUUCCUUUUUCUGGGUACCAUACUGCUCUGUUGCACUUGUCUUUAUUUUCAUCCUGAGCUUUGGUGUUGGGCCAGGUGGUGUGUUAUGCUCCUUGAUCACAGAAAUUUUUAUUCAGUCAUACAGAGCAGCUGCUGUUGUUUUUAAUGGUCUUGUAAGCUGGAUCCAACUCUUCAUCCUUGGACUUGUCUUCCCUUUCAUUGUGGAAGGCCUUGGUAAUUUCUGCUUCCUCAUUUUCCUGACGUACUGUCUGACCGUGGCUGUCUUUGUCUUCCUGGUGAUGCCAGAACCCAAAGGAAAGACCAUGCUGCAGAUCCUGGAGGAGUUCAACCGCCUGAACUACCGCGGAAAGAAGAGACAGACAGUCCUACAGCAGAGUAACUGCUCGGUGAUGACUGUCACUAGACUUUAACAACAAACCCUCCGCUUCAUAUUUUGCUCCUUUAUUACUGUAGUGCCCAGAAGCCUCAUUAAGCAAUAGAGAAUCCGUUGCUCCACAAAGAGCACAAGUGUGUAUUUUAAAAAUAAUCACCUGCAGUGCAGGGUGCAGGAUGAACUUGGUCGUUCUCUCCAACUCCUGAAACAUGAGCUGAAUUAAUUCCUCUGCAGAAAAAAAAAUGAACACAGCAGAUAAAGAAAUUUUGUCAGUCCCUCCAAGUUAGCAGCUGGUAAACUGAAAACAUAGGAUCUGCUAUUUUUCUUGCCAAAACCAGGACUCCACAGUUGGAGAACAUGAGUCUGGAAGGUCCAGAGAUACAGCAGGUUUGCAAAGGUGAGAGCAACAGAAGACAGAGCUUUGGUGUUGAAAUUAUCUGCUGUUAACAAGUCAGUGGUGAUGAGCUUUCCCAGACAAGAAGCUUCAGUCCAGAGGAAAAGAAGUGUUUAGCUCUUUAAUGCAGUGGAAGAAGAGCACCUUGCCUAUCAGUAGACAGAAUCAAAAUGCACCAUUUCUGCCUCUUCAAUUGGAAAAAAAUCCCCAGGGAUAUGUGAGCACUGAAAGAAAGCACAAGCAAAGAAAGCAGAGCUGCAGGGAAUCAUGAGUGGGCAAAGCCAUGGUGGGCAGGUUCUCCUUCUUGAUCAUGCAGUGUGUCUUCAGCCUGGAGAACACUGGAUUUCAAUGGAAUUGACUCCUGAGAGUAACUGGUACCAGUGAGACAAAAGAGAGUGGUGCCGCUCCUGGAGAACCCAAUCUAUGUGUCUGAGUGUUUGCUUCUCUCUCCAGGUGUCUGAAUACUCCACAUUUUCAUUAUGAAACAUAGUAAAAAGGGCUUCACUUUUUGUAGUCAUUGCUAUAUGACAUGACACAUUUUUGGUUUUCUUCAUGCUUUGCAGUUUACUGAUAAAGAAAUAAAAAGCACUGACUAGGAAAACACACCCUACUGAUCAUGCCUGGAUUUGGUUUUCAUUAAAUAAAGAGUCAGGGACAGAGGAGAGCCCAUCUUUUGGGACUGUGUUAUUGGGGUCAAGGAACACUGUGUCUGUCUUUUCUGGAAAUGAGAUCUUCACUACUGACUGAUGCAGGUGCCACACAAUAAAAUUUGCAAAAGGACUUGAA